CAGAGAGCCUGGGCGCUUGGGCGGCUGUUGGAAGCAGCGGGGGAAGCUGGCGGCGGCGGCUCUUCCAGGAUGCGCGGGGGCUGCAGGAUUUAGUGUCUAGAAAGGAAAACCAUCCGGGUUUCAGCCAUGGCCCCAAGAAAAAGGAGCGGGCGAGGGAUUUCGUUCAUCUUUUGCUGCUUCCGAAGCAACGACCACCCGGAGAUCACGUACCGGCUGCGGAAUGACAGCAACUUUGCCCUGCAGACCAUGGAGCCGGCGUUCCCCAUGCCUCCGGUGGAAGAGCUGGACGUUAUGUUCAGUGAGCUGGUGGAUGAACUUGACCUCACAGAUAAGCAUAGAGAAGCCAUGUUUGCACUUCCAGCGGAAAAGAAAUGGCAGAUCUAUUGCAGUAAGAAAAAGGACCAAGAAGAAAAUAAAGGAGCCACAAGCUGGCCAGAGUUCUACAUUGAUCAGCUGAACUCCAUGGCUGCUAGAAAAUCGUUGAUCGCUUUGGAAAAAGAAGAUGAGGAAGAGAGAAACAAAACCAUAGAGAGUCUGAAGACGGCACUGAGAACCAAACCUAUGAGGUUUGUAACCAGAUUCAUCGACCUGGACGGCUUGACGUGCAUUCUGAACUUCCUGAAGAGCAUGGACUAUGAGACUUCGGAAUCUCGCAUACAUACCUCUCUCAUUGGAUGCAUCAAAGCACUGAUGAACAACUCUCUCGGGAGAGCACACGUUCUGGCGCACUCGGAGAGUAUUAAUGUCAUAGCUCAGAGUCUGAGCACGGAAAACAUUAAGACAAAGGUGGCAGUGCUGGAAAUCAUGGGCGCUGUGUGCCUGGUUCCCGGGGGUCACAAGAAGGUACUGGAGGCCAUGGUGCAUUACCAAAAAUAUGCCAGCGAAAGGACUCGCUUCCAGACAUUAAUAAAUGACCUGGAUAGAAGUACGGGGCGAUACCGGGAUGAAGUGAGCCUCAAGACCGCCAUUAUGUCCUUUAUCAACGCAGUUCUAAGCCAAGGAGCUGGAGUGGAAAGUCUGGACUUCAGACUCCAUCUUAGAUACGAAUUCCUCAUGCUUGGAAUCCAGCCUGUCAUUGACAAAUUAAGAGAGCAUGAAAAUUCCACAUUAGAUAGGCAUUUAGACUUUUUUGAAAUGCUCAGAAAUGAAGAUGAAUUGGAGUUUGCCAAAAGGUUUGAGCUGGUCCAUAUAGACACAAAGAGUGCAACCCAGAUGUUCGAGCUCACAAGAAAAAGGCUGACUCAUUCGGAAGCGUAUCCGCACUUUAUGUCUAUCCUUCACCACUGUCUCCAAAUGCCUUAUAAGAGAAAUGGCAACACUGUCCAUUACUGGUUGCUGCUGGACCGUAUUAUACAACAAAUAGUAAUCCAGAAUGACAAAGGGCAGGACCCGGACUCAACACCCUUGGAGAACUUUAAUAUUAAAAAUGUUGUCCGAAUGUUGGUUAAUGAAAACGAAGUGAAACAAUGGAAAGAACAAGCAGAAAAAAUGAGGAAAGAACACCAUGAGCUCCAGCAGAAGUUGGAAAAGAAAGAGCGGGAGUGUGAUGCCAAGACCCAGGAGAAAGAAGAGAUGAUGCAGACUUUGAAUAAGAUGAAGGAAAAACUCGAAAAAGAACUCUCCGAGCAUAAACAAGUCAAGCAGCAGGUGGCAGAUCUUACAGCGCAGAUCCAUGAACUUAACAGGAGAGCAAUAUGUGCUCCGGUUCCUGGGGGGCCUCCUCUGCCGCCCGGUGCUCCUGGGGGCCCCUUACCUACAGCCUCCAUAGGAUCUCUUCUUCCAGUUCCUCCACCACCACCGCCUCCUGGUGGAAUCCUCCCACCACCACCGCCCCCGCCACCACCUCCUGGCGGUCCACCUCCUCCACCAGGGCCGCCUCCCCUCGGAGGUCUAACCCCAGCUCCAGGAGCACCGCUGGGAUCGGCGCUCAAAAGGAAAAACAUUCCUCAGCCCACAAAUGCUCUCAAGUCAUUCAACUGGUGCAAGCUGCCUGAGAACAAGCUGGAAGGAACUGUGUGGACCAGCAUUGAUGACGCAAAGGUGUUUAAAGUGCUAGAUCUUGAAGACCUCGAAAGGACGUUCUCUGCUUACCAAAGGCAGCAGGACUUCUUUGUGAACAAUAACUCCAGACAGAAAGAAGACUCCCUUGAUGACACGCUGAGUUCCAGGCAUAAAGUCAAGGAGCUUUCAGUGAUAGAUGGCCGGAGAGCUCAGAACUGCAAUAUUCUUCUCUCAAGGCUGAAAUUGUCCAACGAUGAAAUUAAACGUGCGAUUUUAACGAUGGAUGAACAAGAGGACCUGCCGAAGGACAUGCUGGAACAGCUUUUAAAAUUCGUUCCUGAAAAAGCUGAUAUUGACCUUCUGGAGGAACACAAGCAUGAGCUGGACCGGAUGGCGAAGGCCGACAGGUUCCUCUUCGAAAUGAGCAGGAUAAACCAUUACCAGCAGAGGCUGCAGUCCUUGUAUUUUAAAAAGAAGUUUGCUGAGAGAGUUACUGAAGUUAAACCCAAAGUGGACGCAAUCCGCACCGCUUCCACGGAAGUGUUCCAGAGCAAAAGCCUGAAGCAGCUGCUAGAGGUGGUUUUGGCCUUCGGCAACUACAUGAACAAAGGGCAGAGGGGGAAUGCUUAUGGGUUUAAAAUUUCCAGCCUGAACAAGAUCGCAGACACGAAAUCCAGCAUUGACAAGAACAUUACUUUGUUGCACUAUCUCAUCACCAUCGUGGAAAAGAAAUACCCCAAAGUUCUCAACCUGCACGAGGAGCUGAAAGACGUCCCCGCGGCCGCCAAAGUAAACAUGACUGAGCUGGAGAAGGAAAUAGGCACCUUGAGGAGCGGGUUGAGGGCUGUGGAGACCGAGUUGGAAUACCAGAAAUCUCAGCCCUCCCGUGCGGGAGACAAGUUUGUUUCCGUCGUCAGCCAGUUCAUCACUUUGGCCAGCUUCAGCUUCUCAGAUGUGGAGGAUCUUCUGGGAGAAGCGAAAGAACUGUUCGCCAAGGCAGUGAAGCAUUUCGGAGAAGAGGCCGGCAAGACGCAGCCGGACGAGUUCUUCGGGAUCUUCGACCAGUUCCUCCAAGCCGUGAACGAAGCCAAACAGGAGAAUGAAAACAUGCGGAAGAGGAAGGAGGAGGAAGAGCGACGGGCGCGCAUGGAAGCACAGCUCAAAGAGCAGCGUGAACGGGAGCGCAAGGCUCGGAAGGCGAAAGAGAACAGCGAAGAAGGCGGGGAGUUCGACGACCUCGUCUCCGCUUUACGGUCCGGCGAAGUCUUCGACAAAGACCUUUCCAAACUGAAGCGCAAUCGCAAACGCAUCACCAACCCGUUGGCGGACGGCAGCCGCGAGAGGCCGGUCACGAAACUCAACUUCUGAACGGCGUUUUCAGAAUGUCUUAGAAAAAAACUGACCAAUGGAAAAAGCCCGUUUGUUUUGCCUUCUACUUUGUCACACGGUGGCACUCUCCCUCUCUUGCGUGUGUGUGUAUGUGCUUGUGUGUGUGUGUGAGAGAGAGAGAGAGAGAACGGGAGCACGUAUAUACAGACAGCAUACGUACUGUAUAUACAACUCUAGCUGGAUGGAUGGAGUUCAGAAGUGUGGGCGCCUCUGGGUAAGCAUGUCCAGGCACGACUGAUAUGAAUGAGUGUUCCCUUUUCUAUCAGUUAUGGUGGCGUUCCAAAAACUUCUCUGCUGUCAAAGCACAAACACUGGAGAGGGAGAGAGAGAGAGAGAGAAGAAGAAGAAGCAAAAACAUCCGCAGUGGAAAUGAGAGAUGCCAAACCAUACUCCUUGUGGGGUCCUUUACUUUGGUGUAAAGGCAGUUGUGAAAAACAUAUAGAGCAGGAGGAGGAACAAGUUGUGAUAUGUUGUACAAGAGCAGGUUGACGUGGAUGGACCAGUUUGGGUGACCAGCCGCCGUUGGGGCAAGAGCGAAGCCCAUUGGAAACUGCUCUUGUCCGUUCUGAACUGUAUUUCCGGGGAAACUCUAGCUAUUAUUUGUUUCUGUUGCGACUCAAAACUUGAAACAUCCCAUGUGACUGUUGUGCUGGUCCAGUUGUAUUCCAUAACCCCCAUUUUUUGCAACUCCCCUUCUGUUGCUUCAAAGGCGAUAAUGUCACUCUCCCAGCUCCUCUGGACUUCUGGAGGUGCUUCUCAUUGCUGUAUCAGUGCAUAGGUAGAAUUCACUUGUUUUCUUAUCGGAGACCAAUGGGGAAUUUGGCGGGUGGCUGGGUGUCUCUCUCGCUUUCUUCUUUUAGAGGGAACAAAGAGCCUUUGUGUUAAUUCUGUUUUGUUUGCCAGUCCCUGUCCAACGGGACAAACUGUAUUCUCUGUAAAUAUAAGUCAGAAUUGACUCUGCUCGGGCCAGUUCCAUAUUGUAACGCUGGUCUGAUGUGGGAUGAUCCCAGAAGAGACUUGGGAGAUGCAUGUAAACAUUGGACCCCAUCUAGAGUCCUUCCCACACAUGGUCGAAGUUGGCACAGGCGCAUCCAAGUAUUUGUAGUUGGGUUUUCAAUGCCGCUGGCUCUCUGCUUCCAUCCCCAUCAGACAGACGACUUCUUAAACUUCGCUAUGUCUGUAGUUCAGCAGAGGGGUGAGGGCCUCAGCAUGGAUCUUGGAACGGCAGCCAGACCGCGGGUGCGUGCGAGUGUGUGUGUGUGCUGGUACAGUUCGCUCCCCAUUGAUCCCCAUGAACUGCAGCACCCCCAGAGCAAGGGUUGAUGGCACAUGGAGUCACUCAGGUUUGAGCGUUUUCAUUUCGCACAACCUACUUCUGCAGGACCGCGUUCCCAAAGGCUGCCCAAUUUCGAGGGACCCUGAUUUGAAGUGCAGAGUAGCGAGGGGAAAGCCAAGAAAAUUCCUUCUUGAAAGUGUGUUGCUGUUGUUUUUCUUGCAAAUCUUUAAGCAGAACUACCUGUCAAGAUGUCAGUCCAAAAUCUACUCAACCCAGAUUGCUCAGGGAGUAAUUAAUAAUUUAAAAAAUAGUAAUACAAAAAAAAAAAAAUUGGAAAAAUUUUAAAAAAUGCCAAUUUUAUAUAGCAUGGCUUAAUAUUCUUAAAUUAUAGAGAAUAUAGAGGACUGUUACAUUUUUGUUUUCUUUUUAUUUAUUUGUGGGUUUUCUCCUCAGUGACUUUUAUACCAUCAUUGCUAUAUUGUAAUCUGAAAUUGAAUGGGAAUAUGUCCGUUUGUUUUCUUUCCUGUGGAGAUUUUGAGUUUUGUCCCUCUUGCACUAGAUAGUUGAUGCUGUUUGAAACAUGUUUUGUUUUUGUUUUUUGUCUUGUAAAGGGUGUUAACUGGUGGAGAAUUGGAAAAAGCAUUUUUGUUCUCCACGUGUACAGUACAGCAAAUGUGCGGUUUUAUAUAAAACGAGUUUGUACAAAAUACAGUUCUUGUAUCGGGAACUCCCAGAUCCUGGUGCAAUGUGAAAGCUGUGAAGAUCACACUGUAGAGAGCUGUCAAAGAGGGGUGUGCGUGUGUGUGUGUGUGUGCUUUUUCCUUUUUUUUACUGUUUUGUUUGUCUUCAUUACAACUUUUUCAAUGCACCAUGUGUGCAGUAGCUCUUCUAGCAGCUUGUAAGGCAGUAAGAAUGCAAACGGCGAUCUGCUGAACCUCUGCGGAGAGCCGCCGUGCAAAUACAGCACUUCGCUUCUCAGUCGAUCACAACUGUUACUUAAACUAAAGUGCCUCUCUUUUAUAUAUAUAAAAGCUGGAAGAAAUUUGGUCAGAUACAAGUUUAGGGUGUUGACGUUCAAAAAAAAAAAAGAGUUCUGGCUGAUCAAAAGGUUGCAUUGAAAGGAACUGAGAUUAAAGCAAAACCAAACCCCUGAAUUUGAAAAAAGCAGGAAUCAGGGUGGGGUGGGCGGUGCUCCUGUCACAUGCAACAUUCAGUCUGGUCAAGAGACCUGGCCCCCAGCCCAACAGGUUUAGAAUGACAUCUAAAAACGUCAGCAACUUCUUGUGCCCAGUCAUGACCCACAAGAUGAUUCUGGGAGAAAAGUGGAUUCCUUCCCCAGGACGACCCCACAUUCAUUACAAGAAGCUGGUUGUGUGGAAUGUGCUAUAUGCACCAAUGUACAAUGGCCCGUGUGGGCCUGCCUCUUGCAGUUUUGAAUAGUAUUGGUUAAGACUGCAGGCUCUCCCACACUGGAGGCGUUCAAGAGGCAGCUGGACAUGCAUCUGUCAGGGAUGCUUUAGGGUGGAUUCCUGCAUUGAGCAGGGGGUUGGACUCGACGGCCUUCUAGGCCCCUUCCAACUCUACUGUUCUAUGAUUCUAUUACUGGUCCCCCAACAGCACCAUCCAGAAGGGCACUUAAUGCUGUUCGCUCUUCCUCAUGUAAUUCACAACUAUUUACAUACAUACACACAAAAAUAUACACAACUUCCUGCAGUCGUAUUUAUUGGAUGAUGGUGGAAAUACGGACUCUGACCCAUACAAUCCCCAUUGGGGUUGAUGUUCAGUUUGGUUGAGUGUGCAGGAGCACCUCCCAUCACACAACCAGUUUAUCGUCCCACUGGGCGGGGAGGCGAGCCCAUUUCAGAUGUGAUAUGAAUGAGCGUCCAAGAAGACAGUUGCAUAAUGAACGCCGCUUCAAUCCAGUUGAUGAAAAACGUCAACGCAGAUAAAAUCUUAGGCCUUAAAAAGAGGUCAUGUGAAUUGGCUGUAGGUUUUGAAAGCUCGCAGCUGAUCUGUUCAGAAGUUAACACAAGGUUCUCACUUGGACUCGGAGCUGAUCUGAGAGUUCAGCAGUCAAGUACAUCACCAUGAUACUUUGCAGGAUCUUGGCUAAAAAAAAACAAUCCUCUGGCAUUUAGUGCUUUAAAAAAAUCAGCCUGAGUCAGCUUGAUCUUGACGGAGUUGUGUUUGUGCUGUACAAAAUGUUAAAAGUGUUCAAAGGUGAGUUUGUGUCAAUGGGCUCAUCUACACCAAGCAAGAUAUGCCACUAUGAAAGCAGUAUGAAAGCGGUAUAUAAAAGGCAGGAGCCACACUACUGCCUUGUAGCGGUAUUGAACUGCACUGCAGGAUCUACACUACUCCUUUACAGUGGUACUGAAGUGCACUGACAACUGUUGGGGCCCGUGGCACAUCUACACCAAGCAGGAUAUAACACCAUGAAAGUGGUACGAAAGCGGUCUAUGGUCUGUGUCAAUGGGCCCCAACAGUUGUCAGUGCACUUCAAUACCGCUAUAAAGCAGCAGUGUGGCUCCUGCCUCUUAUAUACCGCUUUCAUACCACUUUUAUCGUGGAAUAUUCUGCUUGGUG